AUCUAGAGACUCUUUAGUCUUUCCCAUAAGAUAUUGUCCACUUUCUAAGGCUUGUUGGUAAUUGUAUUUGUAUUAUGUGUGAUUGUUAAUGUGCUGCACCCAACAUUAAAUAUGUCUAUGAUUGGUUUGUUUUGGUUGUUGUAUAGUUUUUACUUUAAAAUUCAUUAUGGAAAAUGUGCAAGCUAUGAAAGGGGACUAUGAACCUAAAACUACCACCACCGUUGCAGCACCCAUUGAGUAUAAACCUACCCAAGUUGAAGAAGCACCACCCUCCAAACAUAAAAGGAGCACAACAUCUAAAAUGUGGAAUCAUUUUGAGAAGUUUAUAAACAAAAAAGGUGGAAUCCAACAUACAUUAUGUUAUAGAAUGCCGUUAAGUUCACUAAGGUCUUUGACAGAAUGGAGGAUGAGGAUCAAGAUUACAAGAACUACUUCAAAAAGAAAGUUAAACUAUCUUCCAACUCAAGCUAUGUUGAUAGGAUGGAAGAGGAGGAUGAAGAUGAACUUGGUGAUCAUAAUGGUGAUAAAGGUACAGUUAAACCUCUUAAUGUCUAUGAUUGGAAUGUGGCAUAGGAAUUUCUCACCUUUUUGGAGUUGUUUUAUACUAUGACUCUUCAAUUUUCUAGAUCAAAUUAUGUAGAAGAAGUGUCGAAGGUUACCUCUGAAACUAUCAUGGCACUUGCAAAAGGCUUUAAGUCCAUCAACCUCUCUCUCCUUUGAAUAUUGCCACAAUGCCACUGCUCUUCAUCGUAUUACUAAGAACAUGGAGAAAGUUUGUAUGAUGAAAACUCGAAGAUUGACUUUUGCUAGACAAAGAGAGAUGUCUAUGCUUGUGAGUAUUGCAAUGACAGCAUUACCUGAGUGCUCUGCACAAGGUAUCUCUAAUAUAACUUGGGUUUUGUCCAAAAUUGGAGGCAAACUCCUUUAUUUUUUUUGGAAAUGGAUAGAAUUGCAGGGGUUGCAUUGUCCAUGGUAGGAGAAUUCAAUUCUCAAAAUGUUGUUAAUAUUGCUGGUGCUUUUGCUUCA